AUGACUGGUGGCGGUUCAUCGUCUCUGGAACCACCAGCCUUCGUACGUCUUCUGAAUCGAUUCUUCCGGCAAUGCGGCCUUUUCGUGGCAGACAACGACAAAACUGUCCUUAUUGUGACCUUACUUCUCACCGCAUUCUGUUCAUCAAAAAUACUCUUCACGCCGCAGGAGGACGACAUCAAGACAGGAUACACCCCUGAUGGAGCCCGAUCCCUGGAUGAAAUCGAAGUCUUCUCCGACUUCUUCGCUUCUACUGGAGACCCGAUUGCAGUAUUUCUAUUCGCUACAGCCAAGGAUAACUCAUCCAUGGGAGAAUAUAACGCGAUGAAAGAAGUCGUCGAAAUUCUUGAUUUCGUUGGAGAGAAUCUAACCCACAAGGGAGAAUCUUUCUACACAAUGUGCACGGAUUUCUGUCAGAUUAAUGAGCCCGUGCGGCAGUAUUAUAAUGGAUUAGCAAUGAAACAACAGAAUCUGUCUGACGUUGGAUCCAGAUUCCAGCUUACUUUUCCGAUGAUGCAAGUUCUUGGAAAAGAACUGGACUUGAGUCCGAACUUCUUUGGAGUCAGAACUAAUGAGGAUGGAGAAGUGGAGUAUGUGAAAAUCAUUAUGCUACAAAUUAGAGCAAACAUUCCGAAAAAUUGGAAAAAGGAAGAUGCAGCUGAAUAUGAGAGAAUGAUUUCGCAGUAUUUCCAUUUCAAAUACAACUCAUCCCACGUCACUCCUCUUGCCAUGAGUUUGACCUACACUGGAGAUGAAGUCGUUCGAACUGGACUCACCAUUUUCCCAUUCAUCGGUGUUGGAUUCGCCAUCAUGACCACAUUCUCCGUCAUCACCAUCUACUACAGUAGUUCUCGUCUGGAUCAGUGGACUAUCCAUAAGGUUUCAGAAGCUGUUCUUGGAUGUGUGUGCCCACUUCUUGCCACUUCUUCUGCUCUGGGAACUCUGUUCUGGUGCGGGUUCAGAUUUGGAACUAUUUUGUGUGUGACGCCAUUUUUGAUUCUGGCAAUUGGUGUGGAUGAUGCUUAUCUUCAAAUUCAUGCUUGUAUGCGGUUGACGGCCGAGGACAGUUUAAUGACGAAAAGGGAAAAAAUCGCUCGAAUGCUCGUUGAAGUUGGUCCAUCGAUUGCCAUCACUUCCAUGACUAACCUCCUAGCUUUCCUCGUUGGAAUCUACACUCCAACGCCUGAAAUCUCACUUUUCUGUGCUGGAAACGCCGUCGCUAUUGGCUUUGAUUUCAUUUACCAAAUCACAAUGUACACAGCAAUCCUUUCGAUUUGUGAAAACCUAGAAAUGAGAAAGAAUGCCACGAAACGAAAGGAUUCUGACUUGAGUUUUAAAAACGAACAAUUCACAGUUAUGUUGGACAGCUACUGUGAUUGGGUUGCCAAUGCUUACACUCAUUUGUUGGUUCUUUUCUGCUUCAUCGUCUAUAUUUUUGUAUCGAUUCGAGGAGCACUGAAUAUCAAUAUCAUUUUAUCUCCGGAUAAAUUGGUAAUUGGAGAUUCGCCACUUCUUCAAGUCAACUUUUUGCGAGAUCAGUUUGUGUUGCCAAAUUAUACAACUGUUAACAUUUUUGUGAAUAAUCCUGGGAACCUCACAGUUCAAUCUAACCUGGAUUACAUGAAUUCACUCAUGGAAAGUUUCGAAUCCUACCCGGAAUGUCUUGGAAAGAAGUUCAGUCAUUAUUUCGUGAGAGAUUAUGAAUCAUUCCGUGAAUCAUCUCUGGAAGAAUUGGAAAUGAUGGAAGACGAGCAAGGAGAAUCCAACCGAACAUCAUUGGAACCAUUCUCAAAAGCAGCCAUGUCAGAUUUCCUUGCUUGGCCAGAAUUCCAACAUUGGAAUGGAUUUGUGAAAUUCGAUAAGAAUGGAAUGCUCUCCAGAUUCUGGGCUACCGUAUCCUACCAUGGAGAAGGUCUUGGAGACUUCCAGGUCAGAAGAAAAAUGUUGAAUAGAUGGAGGGCUACAGCGGAUCAGUUUGCACCUCUCAACGUCUCCAUUUUCGAUGAUUACGCUCCAUUUGUGGACACGCUGGAAACGAUAUUGCCAGCCACCAUUUCGACAUCUGUCUGUACUCUUUUAUGCAUGAUGGUCGUAUGUUUCCUGUUCAUGUACAACAUUUUCACCGUUUUCGUUGCGACCUUGGCCAUCACUUCUAUUUGCAUAGGUGUGUUCGGAUUCCUGUCAAUGUGGGGAAUCGAUUUGGAUCCAAUUUCAAUGGCAUGCACAAUCAUGAGUAUUGGAUUUUCGGUGGACUUCCCAGCUCACAUCACAUUCCAUUACUUUAGAGAAGGACUUCAUGAUCCACAAUCCACGCCGGCAAAGAGAGUGGCAAGAUCCCUUGCUGCCAUCGGAUUCCCACUUCUUCAAUGUGGAAUCUCCACCAUACUCUUCGUCUUAUGUCUACUUUUUGUGCCAACUUAUAUGGGAGAAGUUUUCGUGAAAACAAUGAUCCUUGUGGUGACACUGGGACUGAUUCAUGGAUUGUUUAUUGUUCCAGCAUUCCUAUGUGCAUUUACAGCGAUUCAUGAAACGUGUUUCUCGUCGGCGAAAGUAAAGAAUUCACAGUCAUUCUCGUCGCUAGCCAAACUGUUCUCCUGGAGAAUCUCACCAUCAACAAGUGACAAUAAAAUCUCAGCCUAA